AUGCUACUGACUGGUCUGCGUGGAAAUAAUUCUCACGAAAAUGCCACCUUCCACAGUGGCAUGCCACCUCCCCCAGUGUCAUGCUACCUCCCCCAGUGCCAUGGCACCUCCCCCAGUGCCAUGCCACCUCCCCCAGUGCCAUGCCACCUCCCCCAGUGCCACGCCACCUCCCCCAGUGCCAUGCCACCUCCCCCAGUGCCAUGCCACCUCCUCCAGUGUCAUGCCACCUUCCCCAGUGCCAUGCCACCUCCCCCAGUGCCACGCCACCUCCCCCAGUGCCAUGCCACCUCCCCCAGUGCCAUGCCACCUCCCCCAGUGCCACGCCACCUCCCCCAGUGCCAUGCCACCUCCCUCAACUUGCAGCAAUAUUCACCGUGCCAGAAAAUCAGGUUUAGAGUGCACAAAGGGCGGCCGUAA